AGUAAAAACGAUCUAUGUUUUUGUACCUAGUCUAAAAGCCCCUUGAUUUAUUUGUUGAAGCUUUCGAAUCUGUCUGCGAAUUUCAUGGAAGAAGAAGAAGAAGCUUCGAAGCCGGCGCUGCCGGACGCCUUCCUCGAUUUUCUGAAGGAGAACGGGUUGGACCCUUCCAUUUAUUCCGAGAGCCACUCGACCCCUCGUUACAUAAGGUUAAAGCCUGGUUUGGAAGCUCGAAUCGAAGAGAUUGAAGCUGAUAUCAAGUGGAAGCUUGAAGAAGUGGAAUGGUUGCCUGGAUUUUAUGCUCUUCCGCCGGAUGUACAGAUUGCUAACUCAAAUGCUUACCGGGAAGGGAAGAUAUAUGGAAUCGACGCGGCGUCUGGUGCUGCUGUUUCAGCAUUGGAUAUCUCAACUGGAGAUCAUGUUCUUGACCUUUGUGCUGCUCCUGGUGCUAAGCUUUGUAUGAUAUCCGACCUUCUUGGUGAUUCGGGUUCUGUAACUGGUGUUGAUGUUUCAAGCCAUCGUUUAGCAGCCUGUAGGACAAUGUUGCAGAAAUAUGCAUUGGGCAAUCGCUGCCGACUAUUUGUUGCUGAUGGGACAAAUUUUUCCCUCAUACCCUGGAGAGUUCACUCAGAUCCAAAAUCAUGUGAAUCUGCUUUGGAAGAGAAUGUGACAUUCAAGGAGUGGACAUCUAGGAGACCAUGGAAAGAAAGGAAACAAGCAGCUAGGAUAAGAAAAAGUGGUGCUGUGCGGUUAGGGAAUCAACUUCCAGACCUCAUUUAUUAUGGCUGCCACUCUGGUGUGGUUGGACUGACUAAAAGUGAAUUAUACCAAACUUUUCAUGACGACAAAUAUUUGAGCUAUGGCUAUGACAAGGUCCUAGUGGAUGCAGAGUGCACUCAUGAUGGAUCAAUUAAACAUGUCAAGAAAUUCGAACAGUGGGGCUGGGAAACUCUUCAACGCCGUGUACUGGAUGCCGAGAGAAGUGAUAGCCUCACUGUGCUUCAGUUGAAGCUCCUAACAAAUGGUUUUCGAUUGCUAAGAGCUGGGGGGAUUCUUGUUUAUAGCACUUGCAGUUUGACAGUUGCUCAGAACGAAGAUGUGGUAAAGCAGUUUCUCGAGGGACAUCCUUGUGCAGAAUUGCAGGUGAUAGAUGCUGCUGAAAAUUGGCCUUGCAAGAACGGGCGAGUACCAAAUACCCUGCGCUUUGAUCCCUUGACUUCAAAAACGAGCGGACUGUUUGUCGCAAAGUUCUCGAAAUUGACCAGUUAAUCUAGUUUUUCGUUGUACUACAUUUUUUUUUCCGUUUCUUGAAGCUGCUGAUCAAUUCCGGCAACCAGUAGGAGAGGAGAGGAUCACAAUUAACACCAACAUAUAUGCUGUAUCUCUUUAUAUUUCUUUCCAGUAGAAAGAAAUCAUACAAAAGCAGUGAACAUUUCAUUCAAGCAAGGCAAAUGACAUUGCUGGUUUCUUCC